AUGUCAAAAUUUUUUAGAGAGAUCACGGAAUCCAUUCAAAGUGGUGAUUCAACAGCAAGGCUAAUGAAAUAUAAUCCAACCACAGGGGAAGUCAGUGCAAUGUUAAAGAAUCUCGCAGGAGCAACAGGAGUGGCAUGUAGCAAAGAUGGCAAAUUUGUUCUAGUUGCCGAAUACAUUGGCAAGAGAAUCCAGAAGUAUUGGCUACAACGUAAAAAGGCAGGCAAAGCUGAAACCAUUAUAAAAUUUACUGGAUACCCUGUGAAGGUGAAGAGAAAUAAUGAGGGAAACUUUUGGGUGGCACUCAACUCUCAAAAGGAGGAUAGCAGUUUACCACAGGGCAUUAAAAUUGAUUGCAAUGGGGAAGUGCUUGACUCUGUUGAUUUGAGAAGAGAAUAUAAUGACCAGUAUAUUACUACUGUGCAGGAACACAAGAAAUUGGCUGACCUUGAUUAUCAUAGAAGUGCCAAGAAAUGUAAAGAGCUGAAGUUUUUGUCUUUGUAA